AUGUGGCAGAAGCUGUUGAGUAUGUAUGAACAAUCAUCAAGUCAGAGACUAGAAAGAAAAAUGGAACAGUUCUUUACAUCUAGUAUAACUGAUGGAGAAGAUUUGAUAAAAUAUAUCUCAAGAUUGCUGUUAAACAUCAGAGAAGUGAAUGAUGAACUUAAAAAGCAUAAAGCUUCAGAACUGCCAGAAUUUGUGUUGAUGUCAAGGAUUAUGAGUACACUACCUAAAGAAUUCUUUGAGUUCAAGAGUGUGUGGGAAAGCAUACCAGUGAAAGACAGAAGUGUUGAUUUGCUUAUAGAGAGAACUCGUCUGAUUGAGUCCAGGCUACUUAGGUCUAUGAAUUCUGAUAAUGGACAAGCCUUACAGGAGGUCACCCACCCAGGACUUAAUCAAGAGCUGCCACUAGAGACGAGACGACCGACCAUGGGUCAGGAGCGAGAAGCCUGA